AUGAAGUUCACCACCAACCUCGCGGCCCUCGCCCUCGCCGGCCUCGCCAGCGCCCAAUACGACCAAGCCUCCAAGCCCUUCCAGCUCGUCCUCCAAUCCAAAGACAAGACCGUCAACGGCCAAAAGCUCGCCGCCUGCCACGUCGGCGCCGCCAUCGAGUCCCUCUGCCUCACCGAGACCGCCAGCCCCUCCAAGCCCGACCCCAUCAAGCCCGUCGCCUUCCGCUUCAACACCUCCUCCAACGCCGGCGGCGAACCCCCUGCCUGGGGCAUACUGACCUACGACCUCCCCGCGCAGCCGGUGAUUCCGUCGUCGGUUGAGUUCUGGAUUGACCCCAUCGCGAACUUUGCCCUGCCGCUGCUGUACCCCGGCUCGGGCAGCGGCUCCCAGUCGUUGGUUUUUGAUGAGAAGGAUUUGUUGGCUGUCCAGGGGUAUGUGGACUACUCGGUGAACCCGCCCAAGGCGGGGAAUACUACCGAGUUUUAUCGCUGGUAUGCGUGCCCGACGUACUACGCGGGGUACCAGUACCCGGCUCUGACGUGGGCGCUGGGCGAGGGGAAGCCGGAGACCCCGGGGUGUGCGAAGGUGGAUGUUAAGAGGGUGUUUGUUUAG